AUGAAUACAGACCACCUGUUUGGAAAUCUUACUUGUAUCAGUUGCAACAGGAAGCUCCCCAUCCUAGAAGGAUAACCUGCACUUGUGAGGUAGAGAACAGACCCAAAUAUUAUGGAAGAGAAUUCCAUGGGAUGAUCUCAAGGGAGGAAGCUGACCAAUUAUUAAGUGUUGCAGAGGGAAGCUAUCUCAUUCGUGAAAGCCAGCGGCAACCUGGAACCUACACUUUGGCAUUAAGAUUUGGAAGUCAAACCAGAAACUUCAGACUCUACUACGAUGGAAAGCACUUUGUUGGGGAGAAACGUUUUGAGUCCAUCCAUGACCUGGUGACAGAUGGAUUGAUUACUCUUUAUAUUGAAACGAAGGCAGCUGAAUACAUUGCCAAGAUGACAAUAAAUCCAAUUUAUGAACACAUAGGAUAUACAACUUUAAACAGAGAGCCAGCACACAAAAAACACAUGCCAACCCUGAGAGAUGAACAUGAUGGCAAAGAGUCUACAGGAGAGGAUGAGGUAGCAGAAAAGAGGUUGACGUCGCUGGUCAGGAGAGCGACUCUGAAGGAAAGCGAGCAUGUUCCGAAAUACGAGAAGAUUCACAAUUUCAAGGUGCACACGUUCAGGGGCCCGCACUGGUGUGAAUACUGCGCCAACUUUAUGUGGGGCCUCAUUGCUCAGGGAGUAAAAUGUGCAGAUUGUGGUUUAAAUGUGCACAAGCAGUGUUCCAAGAUGGUCCCAAAUGACUGCAAGCCAGACCUGAAGCAUGUCAAAAAGGUGUACAGCUGUGACCUUACGACGCUAGUAAAAGCACACUUCACGAAGAGACCAAUGGUAGUAGAUAUGUGCAUUAGGGAAAUUGAAUCUAGAGGUCUUAAUUCUGAAGGACUAUACAGAGUCUCAGGAUUUAGUGAUCUUAUCGAAGAUGUCAAAAUGGCGUUUGACAGAGAUGGGGAAAAAGCUGAUAUUUCUGUGAAUAUGUAUGAAGAUAUCAAUAUUAUCACUGGUGCACUUAAACUGUACUUCAGGGAUUUGCCAAUUCCACUCAUCACAUAUGAUGCCUACCCAAAGUUUAUAGAGUCUGCAAAAACCACCGAUCCGGAUGAACAGCUGGAAAUUCUCCAUGAGGCGCUGAAACUGCUCCCGCCAGCACACUGUGAAACGCUACGGUAUCUCAUGGCACAUCUGAAGAGAGUAACGCUCCACGAAAAGGAAAAUCUGAUGAGUGCAGAGAAUCUGGGCAUUGUUUUUGGACCAACUCUUAUGAGAGCGCCAGAACUGGAUGCGAUGGCUGCGUUGAAUGACAUCCGUUAUCAGAGACUUGUGGUGGAGAUGCUUAUAAAAAAUGAAGACAUUUUAUUUUGAAUAUUUUGGGGGUUUUGUAAUAAAAAUGGAAGCAACAGUGAUAAAAAUGAAGAAACUCUUUGUCGUUUCUGUAGUGCCAUUCAGCUGAUGUUGAAAAAGGUUAACACAUACUUUCCAGUACUAGUAAUCCUGGGUGUUUAUCAUGUUAAAAUAAAAAACAAAAAGCCUAAAGCUAUUGCAUGAUUUGCUCCCUGUUCUCCCUGUUCUGGUGAGACUCAUUCCAUGAAGAAAACAACUGAACUGGUGCAGCAUCUUUGUUCUGGAUAGUUUGUGAGUGUAAUUCAGCAUGUUUCUCCCUGUAAACCUGUUGUGAAUUUGCUUUUAUGUUCUAUGUAAUUGGUUUUCUUUACUAAAAAGAAGGCUGACUUAUGUGAAAUGGAGCCUCUGGCAGUUUAUUGACGUGUCAUACAAUUCUCUGCCACUUUUGGGGCCAAUUUCUUCUUGGGUUUCUUUCAGUUUUUCAUCAUAUAGGAAUUUGUUUUUAACAGAAACAAAAUGUGUACUUUAAAUGUUACUUUAAGUAAUUCUCCACGAUCUUUAUGGUGGUUGCAGCGAAAUCUGCAAUGCUGAGCAGUGUUCCUUUAUUAUUAUUGCUAUUUCAAUUGUAAUUUUGUAUUUUUAUCUGGCAUGCAUAUGUUAAUUUAUUAAAUUUUGCUUUUAGAACUCUAA